AAAUGUCAAAGAGAGGCCCGUGCUGCAGCAGGGGGGGCGUAAAUAAAAUAAAAACAACAGUUUAUUGCUUUAUUUUCAGAUAAUUUAUUUUCCUUUCUUAUUUAACAAGUGUCAUAUACAAUACUAGCAUCAUAAACCGACGCGUAUAUGACCAGCUCCUCUCGCAAUUUCCGUUGACAACAAUUUGCAGUCUUGAUCAUUCUCGUCUCGCAUAACAAUCCUUGCCAAACAUGUUUCAGCUGUCCUGCUGAGCUAUGGGGAGCUGUUGGAGCUGUCUAUACAGAGACCCCAUCCAAGACAACCAUCUCACUAAAUUCAAGGUGACCAAUGUGGAUGAUGAGGGGAAUGAGUUGGGUUCUGGGACCAUGGAGCUCACCCAGACCGAGCUCAUCCUGCACACACGCAAGAGGGACGCCAUCCGGUGGCCCUACCUAUGUCUGCGGCGCUAUGGCUACGACUCCAACCUCUUCUCAUUCGAGAGUGGCCGGCGCUGUCAGACUGGACAGGGGAUCUUUGCGUUUAAAUGUUCUCGUGCGGAGGAGAUUUUCAACCUCCUCCAGGAGCUGAUGCAGUGCAACAGUAUCAAUGUGGUGGAGGAGCCUAUGAUCAUGACCGCCAGCGGACACGCACGAGAGAUAGACAUUCCUCGAACACCACAGACACCCAACACUACAUCAUUCCCUGUCCAGGGUUUUCCCAAUGGAUAUCCGGGGUAUCCCAUGAGAGCUGAAUCCUCCCAGCCCUCUCUAACUGACGACCCACAUGGCCACAGCCUCAUGGGCCUGGAUGACCAGGCUCACACCUAUAUGAAUACUGUUACUGUGGAUGGGGAACUCUCCAGUCGACACUGUGUACACUCUCUACCUGAGGUGCGGCCCACCUCCUUCAACGAGUCAACCCGAGGAGCCAUGCCUGUUGGGGGCCAAGGAGGUGGGAAGGCCAGCAUGCACUGCUGCCCACUGGAGGAACAACGCAAGGAACCCCAGGUAUUCCUCCAGCCCUCCUCUCAGGAGGUCAAAUUCAUGCUGGGACCCACCCCUGCACAGCGCCACCUGCUAGAGAGGGAGAGGCAUGGGGGCCACAAUCCCCAUCUCAUGCUGCCUGUAGAGGGCACCACAGGCUCAGAGGCAGAGGGGGACGAGCCUCCUCUGCACUUGUGCAACUCCCACUCCUAUCACCACCCUCACUAUCACCAUGUGAUGCACCGGCACCCUGGCCACGAGCACCAGGAGGGCUGCCAGGGCAGCCAGCUCACCUAUGAGAACAUCAACGGCCUGAGAGGGGGGCGCCGGAUGAGACUCAGCCCCAGCAGCGUGUCCCAGUCUGUGGGCUCCAGCAGCAGCAGCAGCACCACUGGAGACAGUCACGCACAAUCACACCCACACCCUCUCCAACCGCACCCCCACGGCCCAUCCUCUCUGCCCCCUCAGGGGUACCCCUGUGAGCGGGGCGUAGGGAUGGGCGGAGGUCACCGGCGGACAGCUCUGCUCAACUACGAGAACCUGCCGUCGCUGCCGCCGGUGUGGGAGUACCGCGCCCUGCAUAGAGACGAGGAGCAGGACGAGGAUGACGAGGAACAGGAUGAGGAGGAGUACGAGGAAGAGGAGGAGGACUUUGACGAGUACGAGUUUUCAGAGGGUCCUGGGACGCCCAACGGGUACCACCAGGAYGGGCUGGGGAGGGGGGGAAUCCACCGUGACGCCCUGCAGAACUAUGUCAACACAGAGCAGGUCCAGCCCAGCCGGCUGCGACAUGCCUGCCCCCCUCACCUCCAGGCCUGCCACCCCCAGUCGGACCGUGGCGGACGAAUAUUCAGCUUUGAUUUCCGUAGGCGGCCGGGAGGAGGGUUUGGUCGGGGAGAGGGCUGUGAACACGGUCAUAUGACCCCAUCGAGGCAACUCAACUAUAUCCAGGUGGACCUCGAUGCAGAGCCGCCAUGCCAGGCCCUCGGUGGGGGUGGAGGAGGAGCCCAGUCUCAGCACCAGCCACUACAGCCACAGCACCAGCGCCUGCCACCCCUCAAAUGUGGCCCSCAGCAGGCCCCACGGCGCAGUGAGUUCUACGCUGUGAUCGACCUGAAGAAGACAGCAGCCAUGUCCAACUUGCAGAAAGCCCUCCCCCGGGACGAUGGGACGUCGAGAAAGACUCGCCACAACAGCACAGACCUGCCUCUGUAGACGCAGUGAGGAGGAGGAGACAGAGAAAAAUGAAGGGAGGGAGAAGAGAGAGAGAAACAGGCUUGGUUGGAUAGACUGGUAUAAGUAACUCAGCAGCACACUGGACCCCUCACUCUCAUCCAGCCAUCCACCUGUCCUUUUCUGUCCUGUUCUGUCCUGACCUGACCAGUUGGAUCAUAUACAGGUACCUAAUUAGAAAACUAAUUGAAACCUAUCCGUACAUAUUCCACUUGAUGGAGCAAGAUUGGUUUGAAGUUGCAAUAUUAUUAUGGGUCACUUUCUGACUGUGGUGAGAUGCUGUCUGAGUUAGCAGCAGAAACCUUGGUCGUGGUUGGCUGGGUUUAUGGUUAAAGCCUUUAGCUGCCAUUGUUUAUGGUCCUCAUUCCAUUAUCAUUCAGUGUUGUUGUUUUAUUUAUUUUACAUCCCUGUUUACGAACAUGAACUACUAUCGAGUACAGGUUUACUAGUCCACAUUGUUAAAUUGACAGAACAUUUCCUGAUAUGAAAAAUAGUUUAUUAUUCCCUCAAUUGUAUUCUAAUAAUGUUCAUUCUUCACAUCACAAGCACUUCUUUUGGCCCUGUGACUGAUAGAAAGGACAGAUGAUGAUAUAUAUUUAUAACUAUCUGCCUUCAGGAAUUAGUACAGAUCAGUACAGUUUGCACAUAAUCCUUUGGAAUUGUAAAAUCGUACAUCCUAUCGAGUAUUAUAUUUUGAGUCUAAAAAAGACCUCACAGCAGAUUUCUUUUUUUAUGUAUCAAUUUUCUCUCUCCUCAAGAUUAAAUAUAAAUCUUUCACGUUGAAAUUGUAUUUAAAAUGGAAAUAAUAGUUUUCCUUCAUAUAAUGAUAGUGUGUUGAUAGACGUUCAGCAUCCUCUACUGCCCCCCUACACACAGAUGAUUGAAUUGACCUCUGACCACAUAUCAUUCCACUUGAAUAAGGAAUCCAUAUCUAAUUCCUAAACUAUGCUUACCUUUGCACUUUUUACCUUCGGGAUCAGACACUGGCCACUGAUGUCCCCAAAGUUCAGAAUCCCUCUGCUCUGGAGUAACAGUAAGGUUGUGCUCUGACAAACUCCUUAGAGAUGGUGAUGUCAUCACACAGGCCCAAACUAUGUAUGGAUGUUGUUGUUUUUGCAACAUUAUAGAGACCAAUAGCAACUGGAAUUUUUCAGAGCAGAAUUUGAUAACGGCUUGAAGAUAAUACAAAUAACCUCACAUAAAAAGUAGGUCUUCUUGUUUACUAUUUUAGUAAGUAUCAGAUUGAUAACUGAGGGUCUGAGGGGAAUAUAUCACUAUGUGUAAUGUUAGCUGUUUAUGGAAAGUCUAUCAGUGAACAUUUGACUGAGGAUAUUAUUUUAUUUAUUCAUUCAUCGAGAUGUCUAUAUUGUGAUUGUUUUGCAAAAAAAUGUGACGACCAGUUUUUCAUAAUCCAGUCAGUUGGUGAUUUGGAGACCAAAGUAUCACCAGUCAUCAGCACACUGUCUGGGACACCAUUGUAAUACCAUUGUUAUGCCUGUAAUUAAUAACAUUACAUUCUGAAGAAGACUGUAUUAACAUAUUAAAGUGCCAAAUCUUUAGUUACCUGUAUGAACAUUAUGAAUCAAAUCAAUGUUCCAUUAGGAUUUGUAGAAGAAAACCUGAGGGCUAAGAGGCAAGAAGGAGUUAGCCUACAUGUCAAAAACAAAAGAAAAGUUGGAGUUCAAGGGCCAGUUUAUUAGGUACACCUAUCUAGUACCGGGCCUGACCCCCCUUUGCCUCCAGAACAGCCUGAAUUCUUCUGGGAAUGGAAAUGUUGCUCAAUUGGUAUCAAGGGAUUUUGCAUGAUGCAAAAGGAACCGGGAUUCGUGGGAUCAGGCGUACAUUUUUUAUUUAUUUUUAUAACUGGGGACGAUUCUUCUUGUUUUUUCUCCUUGUUUUAGCUGAUAGGGGUGGAACCCAGUGUGGUCGUCUGCUGCAAUGGCUCAUCCGUGACAAGGGCCGAUGAGUUGUGCGUUCCGAGAUGCCGUUCUGAACACCAAUGUUGUACUGCCCUGUUAUUUGCCUGUUUGUGGC